AUGACUAGGAUUCAAACAAGUUCAGGACCAAUGAUGGUCAGCCGAAUGAUUUUUAAUGACACAACAACAUUUGAGCUACAAAACGAUUGUAACAUAAAUUUAUCAUCAUCGAAAAAAUUACCAGAUUGUUGGCUUUGCUGUGAACGUACAAUCGAUUGUGUCUUAUUGGAUUGUGGCCAUUUGAUUUCAUGUUUAUCGUGUGCACAGCAAAAAAUUCGUCGUUUCGGUAAUUGUCCUGUAUGUCGACGAAUUGUUUGGAAAGUUGCACGCAUUUAUCUGGCUGUUGCCUAAGAGAUGUUUAUUUGAAAAAAAAAUUAAAAAUCAUUUCCA